UAGAAAUGUUCAAUCACUGAUAUCAGCUCUGCAUCGUUGAACCAUAAACGUUGUUUAUCUAUUCAGAAAUGAAUAAAUCACCACAGCCAGCAGAGGUUCCCCCGAAGCCCUCCACUGGUCGUUGGGCAUGGCGAAAGAGAUGGAUUUUGAUGGGGACUGCAACUGUCGUGAUAGUGAUCGCCCUCGCGGUUGGGCUCGGCGUCGGUCUCACGAGAAGAAGUGUGACAGACACCAACCCGCCGUCAAGCACACUACCAACUUCGGACCACAACACAACAGCAACAACAGAAAUUUGGAGGCCUGCAAAAGGAACUUCUUGGAACUACUUACUCAACUCGGCUGUUAAUACAACUACUGCACACGGCUUCCAAGUGUGGAUCAUUGAUUUAUUUGACAAUGAUGCCUCGACUAUUGUCGACCUACGCACGAAAGGAAACAAUGUCAUCUGCUACUUCUCGGCCGGGAGUUACGAAGACUGGAGGCCCGAUAACACAUCCUUCAAUGAGGUUGAUUUGGGACACGACCUUGAUGGCUGGCCGGGUGAGCGCUGGGUCAAUAUCAGCUCGAGCCAGCUCCGGGAGAUCAUGACUAGGAGGCUGGACCUUGCGGUGGAGAAACAUUGCGAUGGCGUGGAUCCGGAUAAUGUUGAUGCAUAUGAUAAUGACAACGGGUUACAACUGACUGAGGCCGAUUCCAUUGAUUACAUGUCGUUCUUGUCGGAGGAGGCUCAUCAGCGAGGAUUGGCUAUUGGGCUUAAAGAUGCCGGAGCCAUCAUACCGUCGGUCAUCAACCAGACUGAAUGGAGUGUGAACGAGCAAUGCCUACAGUAUGAUGAAUGCGACACCUACUCUCUUUUCAUCCUGCAGGAGAAACCUGUUUUCCAUGUGGAGUACCCGAAAGGACAGGAUGUCUCGAACAACGAAGACGUUUCAGAGAGUCGAAAGAAGGAAAUUUGUGACGCUCCCUCCACAGAGGGAUUUUCAACCAUCAUGAAAAAUAUCGAUCUCGAUGCUUGGACAGAGGCAUGCUAGGUAGCACCAACCUAGGGAGGCGUCUCUCGCAGAGAAUGCUCGAUGUGGCGUUGUGGAAGAAGGUCAGGGUUUAUGAUGGUAGGAGUCAUGCGCUGUCGAAACUUUGAUAAUGCAUGAGAUUUGGUGUUCUUUACAUGCGGAGCUGAUACAUCAUUAUCGGCAUAGACAACUACUUAUACCCAGGAAACGCGGAGCAUGUUUCAUCAAAUUCAGG